UACAUAGCAUUCACAAUCACGAGUCUAUUUACAGUGUUGGAGUAAUAAAUUCAAAGUGAAAAAGUAAAAAAGUACAUAUGCUUCUGGAAUUUUGAAACAACUGCGCCAUGAAGGUUUAUUUCUAUGGACGUGUUUUAAGGACGACGUAACGUUGGCAAAAAAAAGUCUUAGGCGUGGCCGUGGGCUGCGGACUAUAAUGAAUCAAGAUAGUUCAAGUAAAGGAGAACAAUCUGGCUUUCUGUAAAAUAUGCUGAGCAACAGUAAACUGCCUUUGACUUUCAUCCGCCGUCAUUUCUGAGAAGGAGCCGAUGGAAAUGUCCUGACGUCUAUGGGGAGAGUGAAGUAAAUAUGGAGGAGGACAGUGUUGACAGGAGGUUACUGCUGAGUUUCCUCCUGUGCUGUGCUGCCUCUCAGAUCCAGCAGGGGGCACCAUCAUCACCACCAACAGCAGUAUGGCUGCUCAGGUCUCUGCACUACAGACUGGACUUCUCCUGCUCCUCCUCUGUGGACCUGUCAGCUCAGGACCAGGGGGAGGCUCUGUGUCUGACCACUGACCACUGCAGGGCCAUCCACUCUGUUCUGAAGCAGAACCAACACAGCACCCAGCUGGUCCAGAACCAGGUCCAGCUCAUCCUAAGAGACUGUGAGGUGGAGGACAGAGCACUGAGAGAGCUGCUUCCCAUCCUGCAUAUUGUCAAGCUGAGCCCCAGCAAAGCUCUGCUACUUCAGCUGCUGGACCUUGUGUGUGAGGGGAUUCAAGAGGGGCUGCUGAGGCACGCAGAGUCCCUGUGCAGAGCCCUGGAUGGGGAGCUGGACCUCAGUGAGACCAGGCUGGACCAGAAGGCCUGUGGAUCUCUGGCCCUGGUUCUGGAACACUCAGAGGGUCUGUCAGAACUGGACCUCAGCCACUGUGAACUCACAGACCACCAGCUACAGCCCCUGAUCACACACCUGCAUAAAGUACAAGUCCUGGACCUGAGCCACAAUGACAUCACUGAUGCUCUGACUGACAGAAUACUCCAACUGGUCUCUACCAACACUUCAAUACACACCGUACGACUCUUCAACAACAGAAUCCAGGACAGAAGACCCUUCCUGGCAGACAAGAGGUUUGACAUCUGGUGAAGAUAAUGUUGUAUAAUAACACUUUGAUGUGGAACAUAAACGGAUGGAACAUUUUAAUACAAAAGACGCACAACAAACCGGUUGUUCCAGCUGUAACAGUCCGAUCAUGUAUAAACUACAGUCAACAGACUCAUUAAAGAGAUUCUCUGCUACUUUGUGUACUUUUUAGCCAAUAGUGCUUGAUAGUAACACUCACAAGUGGUCCCUGAAAAUGUUGUACUACAUCACAUAUGUUCACCACGUCAUCUCUCUCUCUGCUGUGGCCCGCCCUGCAACCUCAUUGGAUAACCCUGGGCUGGCUUCUUGCUAGCUGUCACUCAAAUACGAGUGGCUGAAGCUCAUGAGAUAGAACUCUAAUUGCCAAGGAAAUGGAGGGGAAAUGGCACGGCACCGUUUCAACAAAUUGUCGCUUUCCAACUUGGGAUUUUUGUGUCUUUUUGAGGUAAGACAGUGAUUAUGCAUGAAUUAACUACAUAUUGAAACAUUCAGCCCAAAGUGUGAGGUUGAAAACCUCAAUUACAUAAUUAUCUACCUACUAACCGCACAUUGACUCUGUACCAGUAACCCCUGUAUUUCGCCUCGCUAUUGUUAUUUACUGCUGCUCUUUAAUCAUUUGUUAUUCUUAUCUCUUACUUUUAUUGUGGUAUUUUCUUAACUGCAUUGUUGGUUAAGUGCUUGUAAGUUCUACACCUGUUGUAUUCAGCAUUUCACUGUAAGGAUCUACAGCUGUAUUCAUGUGACUAAUAAAGUUUGAUUUGAUUAUCA